GCGCAGCCGUCGGGGCGAGCGGACGGAAGUGUGUUGCUCACUUCCCCCGGAAGUGAUUGUCUUUCCGGAAGUCGCGCCUUCCGCCGCUUGGUCUCUUUCUGCCGCCAUCUUGGGCUCCGCUUCCCCGUCCGAAAUGCCUGGCGAAGCUACAGAAACCGUCCCGGCCACAGAGCAGGAGCUGCCGCAGCCGCAGGCGGAGACAGGGUCUGGAACAGAGUCUGACAGCGAUGAGUCUGUACCAGAGCUUGAAGAGCACGACUCCACACAGGCCACAACACAGCAGGCACAGCUUGCAGCAGCAGCUGAAAUAGAUGAAGAACCUGUUAGCAAAGCAAAACAGAGCCGGAGUGAAAAGAAAGCACGGAAGGCAAUGUCUAAACUCGGCCUCCGCCAGGUCACAGGAGUAACCAGAGUCACCAUCCGCAAAUCUAAGAACAUCCUCUUUGUCAUCACAAAACCUGAUGUGUACAAGAGCCCAGCAUCAGACACCUAUAUAGUCUUUGGAGAAGCAAAGAUUGAAGAUCUGUCCCAGCAGGCCCAGCUGGCGGCUGCCGAGAAGUUCAAAGUGCAAGGAGAAGCCGUCUCAAACAUCCAGGAAAACACACAGACCCCCACCGUGCAGGAGGAGAGCGAGGAAGAAGAGGUUGAUGAAACCGGUGUGGAGGUGAAAGACAUCGAGCUGGUCAUGUCCCAGGCCAACGUGUCCAGAGCGAAGGCGGUCCGUGCCCUGAAGAACAACAGCAACGACAUUGUAAACGCUAUAAUGGUGAGCUGCUGUGUGCUGGGGGGGGGCCUACAUCCCACAUUUCACAUCCCAUAUCCCAUAACCCACAUUUCAUAUCCCACAUUCUAUAUCUCAUAUCCCACAUCCCACCUCUGCUGUUUGAGGCCUACCACUAGGCCGCACUGCCGCCAUUGGGGCCUACUGCCUCCAUUUGGGCCCUACUGCCUCCAUUGGGGCCUACUGCCGCCAUGGGGCCAUACUGAUGCCAUUCGGGGCACUACUGCCGCCAUUGUGGGCCUCUGAUGCCAUUGAGGCCUA